AUGAAUGAAAAUAUGGUGACAAAACUCCAUGCUGAAUACAGUGAUAGUAUUUGUAAGAGUAAUUAUGAUUCUCGAAUUACGAUAAAAUCUUCUAUGCCAGUAUCUGUCACUCAAAGUUACUUCGCUGGUGAUGAGAUUGGUGACAGUUUUGCAGCUGCAGAUCCUUUCCUCCAUUUUUUGUUAGAAGAAAGAAAGAAAUUUGGAGAUCUUUCGGUCAAAGUUUUAUUGGAGAGUCAUUUCAAUGUUACCGCUGAGAAUGGCUGA